CCUUCAGAAACUCAUUCAAUUGGCAGCCUUUCUUCAUGUGAGACUUGCUUCAGUUCAAAUUCUCUUGGGCAAACAGCAACUAACAACUCUACUUCUAAUCGCAAACACGGUGGAGUCCUGGCAAGUCUUUUCGGUAGAUACCGUACUUCUAAAUCGUCAGCUUCAAAGAAACCGCCUACGUCACCAAGCCCUCCUGUCGUCGACGACUCAGCAUUAGAAGUUGCCCCUUGCCCUACAUGUGAACCUGCAAGUCUGAUUCCACCAUCAGAGUCAGAUUUAAAUGCUCCUGUUGAGAAAAAAAAUCCACCUAAAGCGCUGUAUGCAGAUGCCCAGGUUUCAGAGACGAUUGAGAUACAGACGAGUGGUGUUUCUGAUGCCGUAGUAGAUUUAUCCUCAGAAAAGGAUAAUUUUGAAUCAGAUGAGGUUUUAGAAUAUCCGGCUUCUGGAGAAUAA